AGGUUUGCCCAUGUGGAUGUUGCAAACUGUCAACAUUGCCUUGCUAUCAUCUCUAAGAGGAGGAAAAGCCUCAUUGCCGAACUACUUUACAUUUUUUUCCCCUCGUCAACUCUGGAAACUACACUAAUCAACAUGAAGGUUGUCGGAUCUACCUGUGCCCUGAAGAGCAAGGUCGGCGGCGAGGAUGUGGUCCGCUGCCUGUCCGACCAGAGCCUGACCAUCUCCAAAUGCAAGAUCCCGCUGCUGGACGAGCAGAUGAGCGUCUUCCUCCAGGACAUGAACAGCUGCUACAGCAAGCUGAAGGAGCUUGUGCCCACCCUGCCCACCAACAAGAAGGCCAGCAAAGUGGAGAUCCUGCAGCACGUCAUCGACUACAUCUGGGACCUGCAGGUCGAGCUGGACGAGCCGGAGAAGAGCCGCCAGCACUCCGCCAGCAGCGUACCCCGCACACCGCUGACCACCCUGAAUGCAGAGCUCGCCAGCAUCACAGUUGAGAAUGGAUGCUCAGAUGACAGGAUUAUGUGCCGUUAAGAGCUCGUGGAGCAUCGCCCCAUCACCCCACAGCGAGCACCGCAAAGAACGAACAAGGCUACCUGAUGUGUCUUUCUCGACUACAUCAGCGAAAAAACCUUGAACUGUGUAGGGACGUUUCAAACUCCCAAUGCUAGAAAAAUAACGUUGCGUGGACAUCCUCCGGCGGCGAGGAUCUCUGUCACUCAAGGCUCUCGAUUCAUCAGAGGGCCCUGAGAGAAGAAGAAGACCGGCGGUGUCCAGAUAUAGACUGGGUUAGCCGGGGGACCAAGACGAGUUCAGUGCAACCAGCAUCGCUUGUUGCUUGUAGAGUUUCUAAAGAAAGCUAAUGUUUCUGUUACGCUCUUGUAUCUUGUGUAAACCAUAUAGAGAAUUCAACAUUUUGUAAAAGAAAAAAGUAAAUUUCUCAGAUUCCUGAGCGACAAACUGUAUUGUAUAUUACAAUGCCACAUUAUGUGAAGAUAUUGUUUUCUUACAAUGUACCUUAUUGGUGUUUUUAUUAAAACAAGACAAUUAUUUUUGAACAAGAA